AUGAGAUUCUCCAACAUCCUCGCCAUCGGCUCUAUCUUCGCCACCGCCCUGGCGGCUCCCGCCAUCAACAACGAGAUCGAGACCUCCGUCUCUGACGUCGAGUCCAAGGUCCCCGUUGCCGGAGCCCUCAACAAUGUUGAGUCCAAGGUUCCCGUCGGCUCUGCCCUGAGCACCGUCGAGUCCAAGGUCCCUGUCGGCAACAUCAUCGACGCCCGCGCCGAGCAGGUCAUCAUCACCAAGAUGCAGACCACCAUCGUAGAGGUCAAGAAGCACACCACCGCCAUCAACUCCACCGUCUCCGGCGUCUGCGGCCCUUGCAUCGCCUCCAAGAAGGAGACCAUCAUCAAGACCGUCAAGAGCGAGGUCACCGUCAUCGUCAGCCUCAUCAGCACCCUCGUCUCUGAGGUCGUCGAGCUCCUAGAGAACACCGUCGAGAUCGUCGAGGAGGAGAAGCAGCAGAUCAUCAGCCUUGUUCUCGAGCUCGUCUUCGAGAUCAUCUACACUCUCCAGAACGUCCUCAAGGUCCUCACCAUCAGCAUCUUCGAGCUCCUCGGUCCCCUUGUCUUCCUCCUUCUCAGCGUCAUCGUCCACCUCCUCACCACCCUCAACGUCAUCGUCGACGGUCUCCUCCAGACUGUCUUCGGCCUCCUCGGCGGUGUCAUCAACCUCCUCCUCGAGGUCCUCAGCGGCCUUCUGCCCACCGUCCUUGGCAUUGUCGGCGGUGUCCUCGACAAGCUCAACCUCGGCGGCCUCAUCUGCGGCCUCCUCAACUAA